UGCUGGCAGCUAUCAGUGCAUUGCUAGGAACGAUGCUGGCUCCAUAUUCAGCGAGAAGAGCGAUGUGGUUGUUGCAUACAUGGGCAUUUUCGAAAAUGUUACCGAGGGUCGCUUGUCUGUGGUCAGUGGACAUGCGGCUAUAUUCGAUAUGCCAGCCAUAGACUCGGUGCCCAAACCUUCGGUCAUUUGGCAAACCGAGGAGGGUUCACUCAACUAUAACAUCAAAUACGCGUUCACACAGUCCAAUCAGCUGAUUAUACUGAGCGCCGAUGAACAAGAUCGCAAAGCUUAUCGUGCACGCGCUCUGAACACGCAGCUGGGCAAGGAGGAGGCGAGCGCGUUUAUGCAUCUGAAUGUCACUGGUGAUCCGUAUGUGGAGGUAGCGCCCGAAAUUAUUGUGCCCCCGCAGGACCUCAAGCUGAAGCGUGGCGAAGGCGUCGCCGAGCUGCAGUGCAUUGCCAAUGCGCGUCCGCUGCACGAACUGGAAACCAUUUGGCUGAAGGAUGGGCUGCCUGUUGAAAACGCUGGCGUGCUGCAUACGCUGAACGAUCCUUGGAAUCGCACGCUGGCGCUGCUGCAAGCCAACAGCUCGCAUUCGGGCGAGUACAGCUGCCAGGUGCGUCUACGCAGCGGCGGCUUCAAAACUGUCAGCGCCACGGCUCGUGUGCAAAUACUGGAGCCACCGAUGUUCUUUACGCCGCUGCGUGCUGAAACCUUUGGCGAUUUUGGUGGUCAAGUCGAAUUGGCCUGCGAUGUGAUUGGCGAUCCCAAGCCCACGGUGCGUUGGCAUCGCAAUGCGGAAGCCAUCGAUACGCAGCUACAGAGCGGUGGCGGCGGCGGCGGCGGUUAUGCGUUGAAAGCGGAUAAUACGCUAGUGAUUAAAAAGCUGACGCUGGAUGCUGAGGGAAUGUUCCAAUGCCUGGCAAGCAACGAGGCUGGCGAAAAAUCAGCCUAUACCUGGCUGCGUGUAAAAACCUCGGCGCCAGUGCUGGAGCAGCCGCCACAGAAUUCCACCGCCUUGGACGGCAAAGAUGCAACAAUUUCAUGCCGCGCUAUUGGCGCACCCAAUCCGAAUAUUACCUGGAUCUAUAACGAAACACAAUUGGUCGAGAUAUCCAGUCGCGUUCAGAUACUCGAGUCGGGCGAUUUGCUCAUCUCAAAUAUACGUCCCAGCGAUGCGGGUCUCUAUAUUUGUGUGCGCGCCAACGAGGCGGGCAGUGUAAAGGGCGAGGCCUAUUUGGGCGUUCUAGUGCGCACACAAAUCAUUCAACCGCCAGUGGAUACAACCGUCUUGCUGGGCCUAACCGCAACGCUGCAGUGCAAGGUGUCCAGCGAUCCGAGCGUGCCCUACAACAUUGACUGGUAUCGCGAGGGCUCGACGUUGCCCAUUAGCAACUCGCAGCGCAUUGGCGUACAGGGCGAUGGGCAGCUGGAGAUUCAGGCAGUGCGCGCCAGCGAUGUGGGCAGCUAUGCCUGUGUGGUCACCUCGCCGGGUGGCAAUGAGACGCGUGCCGCACGCUUGAGCGUCAUUGAGCUGCCAUUCCCGCCCAGCAAUGUCAAGGUGCAGCGUCUGGCGGAGCCGCAGCAGCGCAGCAUCAAUGUGUCCUGGACGGCGGGCUUCGAUGGCAACAGUCCCAUAUCCAAGUUUAUUAUACAGCGACGUGAGGUCUCCGAGCUGGAAAAAUUCGUAGGUCCAGUGCCCGAUCCGCUGCUCAAUUGGAUCACCGAGCUGAGCAAUGUUUCAGCCGAUCAGCGUUGGAUGUUGCUGGAGAAUCUGAAAGCUGCAACCGUUUAUCAGUUUCGCGUGAGUGCCGUUAAUCGUGUGGGCGAAGGUUCACCCUCCGAGCCCAGCAAUGUUGUCGAACUGCCCCAAGAAGCGUUUCCACUACACCGAGCUCCGUCGGGACCGCCUGUGGGUUUUGUAGGCUCUGCGCGCUCCAUGUCGGAGAUUAUUACGCAAUGGCAGCCACCGCUGGAGGAGCAUCGCAAUGGCCAAAUACUGGGCUACAUUCUACGCUAUCGUCUCUUUGGCUACAACAAUGUGCCCUGGUCGUAUCAGAAUAUAACGAACGAAGCGCAGCGCAAUUUCUUGAUACAGGAGCUAAUCACCUGGAAGGAUUACAUAGUGCAGAUAGCGGCGUUUAAUAAUAUGGGCGUGGGCGUUUAUACCGACGGUGCCAAGAUCAAAACCAAAGAGGGCGUGCCCGAAGCAGCGCCCACAAAUCUGCGCGUUUCGCCGGUCAACUCGACGGCAACGCAUGUGAGCUGGACGCCACCGAAUCCACAGCAGAUCAAUGGCAUCAAUCAGGGCUACAAGAUACAAGCCUGGCAACAGGAACUUAAGGAGGGUGAACUGAUCGAUGUGGAGAAGCGCAUGAUAACGGUGCCGCCCAGUCUGAUAGAUCCACUGGCCGAGCAGUCGGCAAAGCUGGGUGGGCUGGAGAAAUAUGCGGAAUAUAACAUAAGCGUGUUGUGCUUUACCGAUCCGGGCGAUGGUGUGCGUAGCUUAUUCGCGCCCAUUCGCACGCUUGAGGAUGUGCCGGAUGAGAUUACUGCGCUGCAUUUCGAUGACGUCUCCGAUCGCUCGGUCAAGGUGCUCUGGGCGCCACCGCGACACAUCAAUGGACUGCUGACGGGCUACACGGUGCGCUACCAAGUGCGCGAUCGUGCCGAGACCAUGAAGUCCUUCAAUCUGACAGCAGAGGAUACGGAGCUGGUGGUGAAUCAGCUGCAGGCCACCACGCACUAUUGGUUCGAAAUCUGCGCUUGGACGCGCGUGGGCAGCGGCAUGCCCAAGACGGCCACCAUACAGUCGGGCGUGGAGCCGGUGCUGCCACAUGCACCCACCAAUCUGGCGCUGUCGAACAUUGAAGCCUUCUCGGUGGUGCUGCAGUUCACGCCCGGCUUCGAUGGCAACUCGAGCAUAACCAAGUGGCGCGUGGAGGCGCAAACCAAACGCAACAUGACCUGGUUUCUGCUCUGCGAGAUCAGCGAUCCCGAUGCGGAAACCCUUACAGUUACAGGACUUACGCCCUUCACCCAAUACCGUCUAAGAUUAAGUGCCACCAAUGUGGUGGGCAGCUCGCGCCAGUCUGAGCCCACCAAGGACUUCCAGACCAUCCAAGCGCGUCCCAUGCACGCUCCAUACAACGUCACGGUGCGUGCCAUGAGUGCCCAGCAGCUGCGCGUGCGCUGGAUUCCGCUGCAGCAGCUCGAGUGGUUCGGCAAUCCGCGCGGCUACAACAUCAGCUAUCGCCAGGUGGACCGUCCCUCGCGCACCUUUAAGCCACGCACACGCAGCGUGCUAAUCGAGGAUCAUACGGCCAACUCGCAUGUGCUGGAGAAUCUGGAGGAGUGGACGGUCUACGCGGUGGUCAUCACCGCCUGCAAUGAUGUCGGCUGCUCGCGCGACAGCAAUCCCGCGGAGGAGGCAACGCGCGAGGCAACACCCAGCUAUGGACCCUUGGCAGUGGAGGCGAAUGCCACCUCCUCCACCACCAUAGUGGUGCGCUGGGGUGAGGUGCCGCGCCAGCAUCGCAACGGACAGAUCGAUGGCUACAAAGUGUUCUACGCCAGCGAGCGAGUGCCCAGCACUCCGGUGCUGCAUAAGACGAUACCCAGCAACACCAGCUUCACCACCACGCUGACCGAACUGAAUAAGUUUGUCGCCUACCAUGUGCAAGUCUUGGCCUACACACGCUUGGGUGACGGCGCUCUGAGCACCCCGCCCAUACGCGUGCAAACCUUUGAGGACACUCCUGGCGCACCCUCGAAUGUCAGUUUCCCCGAUGUCACCUUCUCCAUGGCGCGCAUCAUUUGGGACGUACCCGACGAGCCGAACGGUGAAAUCCUUGCCUACCAGGUAACCUACACUCUCAACGGCAGCCUCCAGCUCAACUACAGUCGCGAGUUCCCGCCCUCGGAUCGCACCUUCCGCGCCACUGGCCUGCUACCGGAACGUUAUUACACCUUCAGUGUCACCGCUCAGACGCGUCUCGGCUGGGGCAAGAUCGCCAGCGUGCUGGUCUACACCACCAACAAUCGCGAGCGUCCGCAGGCGCCGUCCAUGCCCCAAGUCUCGCGCAGUCAAGUGCAAGCGCAUCAGCUGACCUUUAGCUGGACUCCGGGACGCGAUGGCUAUGCUCCGCUUCGCUACUACAUCGUCCAGAUGCGCGAGAACGAAGGCCCUUGGCAGUCACUGCCCGAACACGUCGAUCCCACCUUGAGCUCCUAUACCGCGCUCGAUCUGCGUGCAUUCACCACCUAUCAGUUCCGCAUUCAGGCAACCAAUGAUUUGGGUCCCUCGGCCUUCAGUCGGGAGAGCAUUGUGGUGCGCACGCUGCCCGCCGCGCCUGCUAUCGGUGUGGGUGGCUUGAAGGUGGUGCCCAUUACUACGACCUCGGUGCGUGUGCAUUGGCAGGCUUUGGAGACUGGAAUGUGGAAUGGUGAUGCUGCCACUGGUGGCUAUCGCAUACUCUAUCAGCUGACCUCCGAUUUCCCCACCGCGCUGCAGUCCACACCCAAAACCGAUGUCAUGGGCAUUAAUGUCAAUAGUGUUGUGCUCGCCGAUCUCACCCAGGAUCGCAAUUACGAAAUCGUUGUGCUGCCUUUCAACUCGCAAGGACCUGGUCCCGCUACUCCCCCCGCUGCUGUCUAUGUAGGUGAAGCUGUGCCCACCGGCGAGCCACGCGCUGUGGAUGCUGCUCCCGUUUCGAGCACCGAGGUUCGUCUGCGCUGGAAACCACCAAUGCAGAGCCAGCAAAAUGGUGACGUACUGGGAUACAAGAUCUUCUACUUGGUCACCUUCUCGCCUCAGGCGCUCGACGUGCGCAAGUGGGAGGAGGAAAUCGAGGUCGUCUCGGCCACAGCCACUUCGCACAGUUUGGUGUUCCUGGACAAGUACACCGAGUAUCGCAUCCAGCUGCUGGCCUUCAAUCCCGCCGGCGACGGACCACGCUCCACACCCAUAACGGUCAAGACCCUCCAAGGCGUGCCCAGUGCUCCGCUCAAUCUGCGCUUCAGCGACAUUACCAUGCAGACCAUGGAGGUCACCUGGGAUGCACCCAAGCUGCUCAAUGGCGAAAUCCUUGGCUACUUGGUAACCUAUGAGACCACGGAGGAAAAUGAAAAGUUUAGCAAGCAGGUCAAGCAGAAGGUAUCGAACACCACGCUACGCGUUCAAAAUCUUGAGGAGGAAGUCACCUACACGUUCACUGUGCGCGCUCAGACGAUUGACUAUGGACCGGCAAUUGUUGCGAAUGUGACCACUGGACCCCAGGAGGGCUCGCCAAUUGCACCGCGUGAUUUGAUUCUGACCAAGACGCUCUCAAGCGUUGAGAUGCACUGGAUUAACGGACCCUCUGGUCGUGGACCCAUACUUGGCUAUCUGAUUGAAGCCAAGAAGCGCGACGAGUCGCGUUGGACUAAAAUAGAGCAGACCAGAAAAGGACCCAUGCAGGACUUUACCGUUAGCUAUCACAUUUUGAUGCCAUCGACUGCGUACACAUUCCGAGUUAUUGCCUACAAUCGUUACGGCAUUUCGUUCCCUGUGUACUGCAAGGACUCCAUUCUGACCCCUUCGAAGUUGCAUAUGGAGUACGGUUAUCUGCAGCACAAGCCUUUCUACAGGCAAACCUGGUUCAUGGUCUCGCUGGCAGCCACCUCCAUUAUAAUCAUUGUCAUGGUCAUUGCCGUGCUCUGUGUCAAGAGCAAGAGCUACAAGUACAAGCAGGAGGCACAGAAGACGCUGGAGGAAUCCAUGGCCAUGUCGAUUGAUGAGCGCCAGGAGCUGGCAUUGGAAUUGUAUCGUUCUAGGCAUGGCGUUGGCACUGGCACCUUGAACAGCGUUGGAACUCUACGCAGCGGCACGCUGGGCACCUUGGGACGCAAGUCGGCGCAUCGUGGCACAACCACUGUGCAGCUGGGCAAGAGUCCUCCACGUCCGUCACCCGCUUCGGUGGCCUAUCACAGCGAUGAGGAGAGUCUCAAGUGCUACGAUGAGAAUCCAGACGACAGCAGUGUUACGGAGAAACCAUCUGAGGUGAGCAGUUCAGAUGCGUCGCAGCAUUCGGAGAGCGAGAACGAGAGCGUACGCAGCGAUCCACAUUCAUUUGUAAAUCAUUAUGCGAACGUAAACGAUUCACUACGGCAAUCAUGGAAGAAGACCAAGCCCGUGCGCAACUAUUCCAGCUACACAGAUUCCGAGCCCGAGGGCAGCGCAGUGAUGAGUCUCAAUGGUGGCCAGAUUAUUGUCAAUAAUAUGGCCAGAUCGAGGGCUCCAUUGCCCGGCUUCUCGUCAUUUGUCUGACAAUCAACCGAAUUCUAAGAUCCGGUCUGUAGCAGGAGCACCGUCAUAAGAGAGACAUUCGUUUGAAUUGUCCCCUCCUCCCCACCAACAACAACAACAACAUCAAUGACAGCAACAGCAAACGCGAGUCGCAUAAGAAGCGAAUGGAUUUCAACUCUAUGGAAUCAUUCAAGCGGCGACAUAUGUUUGACUAUUGCCGGUGCACUGCUAUAGGGAAUUGGAUUUAUAUUGGUUUGGCUAUAUUAGUUUUAUCUAUGUGUAUGCUUAUGUUAAGGUUUUAAUUUUUAACGAGAGAUCUGAGAUUUACCAGCAUUUAGUUUUUAGCACGUUUCACAGACCCAGAACUUUUUUAUUAUUAUUUUUUACAUCUAUCCAUUUUUUUUAUGUUUGUUUGUAACUUAUUUUUUGUAUAGUUAAUCCCUGACACGCCCACUUUUAGUUCAUAACUGGCAUUUAUCGAAAGCAAAAAGACUUGUGAUACGUAAAUUUUUUGCUCGGUUUCCUUUUUGGACUUUCUGUGUGUUCAUCAUCGUGUGUGGUGGACUCGUAUGCAAAUGUGUGAAUGCAUGAGAAUUAAUGUUCCGCAAUCUCAUUAUAAUUAAUUGAUAACAAAAAUGUAAACAAAUGACUACGCAAACUGCAAAUUAAUAUUUAUGAUAAUUAGAUCCUUUUCGAGGACUUAUUUGCCUCAAAUCAAAGCAAAGAUAUUCAUUUGUGGGCAUAAUUAGUUAAAAAGCUACUUGAUUAACUACUGAUUAAAUCAGUUGACGAACGCAAUGAGCAAACGAUACUCACACAAACAUACACACACACAGGCACACAGAAACACACACAAAGCGAAAAGAAAUUGUUUCAGUCUAGCAGAGUAUUUAUGAGAAAUCAAAUGGAAAAACAAAGAAUCAUAUAUUAUAAGCAUGAAAUGAAAAGCGUAAACUUCUAAAUGUUUUUUGGUGUUCUAGCAAUUUGUCAAGCUAAAUGCUUUCAGAUAUUUGAUGUAAUAAUGUGCAUGUGUUCUAACGUUUUUUUUAGAAAGUAAGCAUAUAUGCAUAUAUAGGCCAUAUUAAUGCAAUUUGUAGCACGUAAGCCACGCGUUCAGAACAAGAAAACAAAGAACGUUCGAUAGUUCGAUAUCAGAACACACAUUGACACACACACACACACAUGACACUCAAAUCAGAGAAUGCAAGUAAAACACAUUCAAGAAAUUUUUUUCCAAAUGCGCAAUUGCAAAUAAGUAAAGAAAUGUUUAGCACUAAGUACGACAAAAUAUUUAUGUGUAUUCUUAGCUAAGAUCUCUACACAAGUAAAAAUAUGUAUCAACAUAUUGUAGUAGUUACACGUUUAGGUGUCUGUCCCAGGCAUUGUGUAUGCGCAAACUAAGCAUAGAUAUUCUAAAUGUUAAAGCUUAAUUAUUCAAAAUGGAAAAACAAAAGCAAAACCGAAUGAAACUGUAUUGUCUAAGUUACAAUUUAUUUAUAGCUAUUAGAUAUUUAUGUAUUGUAUAUGUAUGUAUAACUAGUGACUGAUUAUAUAUUUUUUUUCCUACAUAUUUGCAU